UUGGCUCCUCCUCACUUAAGUAGGCUCUUCUCCCCACAGAUACCGCACCCAUUUUCCCUUGCAGUGAACACAGCCUGCUUCAGCGCACCUCAGGUCCACAAAGUCAUCUCAGCAAAGCCAUCCUCUCAUCUUGAAAAAGCCAGCUGUGCUCUAGGAGGCAUUCAGAGUUCGUCCAUACAUUUGUCUUUCAGUGCCUUUAAUAGUGCUCCUGCAAACAGAAUGUCCAAGUCUUUGCAUUCUCUGCUGAAAGUGACAAAGGAAGAUGCUGCCUCCAGAGAUGACAAGGACGCAGGAGGAUUGGGUAAAAGAUUUUGCCAAAGCAAGCAUCUAACCUCUGCCAUCAGUGUCAUCUGUGUUGUGCUUCUAACUGCAGUGAUUGUACUUUCUGUUCUUCUGGCAGCAAGAAAACCUGUGUAUGCAACCUGCCCCGAAGGAUGGAUUGGAUUUGGAAGCAAGUGUUAUUAUUUUUCGGAUGACGUAAGAAAUUGGUCAUUCAGCCAGCUCUUCUGUGCUUCAGAAAAAGCCAAUCUUGUUCAGAUUGAAACCCUUAAAGAAAUGAAUUUCCUGAAAAGAUACAAAUGCUUUCCUGACCCAUGGAUAGGCCUUAGUAGAGAGUCGCCAAAUCACAGCUGGAAGUGGGCAGGCAACGCUGGAUACAAUAUCACGUUUGUCAUCGGAGGAGGUGAGACAUGUGCCUACCUGACUGAAAAUGGAGUCAGCAGUGGCAGGAUCUACACAAAGAGGAAAUGGAUUUGUAAGGCAGGGACUAUGUCAAGUUCACUUCUGUAUCCUGGGAGACCAGCACAGUGUUUCAAAGACUAUGUUGAAAACAUGCCUGAGGAUGUGCCUCCAUCACUGUGAGAUUCUGCUGAUUGCUUAGUUUCUGCACACUUUUUCACAAAAGAAGCUAUAUUUCACAGAAAUAUAUGUAAAAACAAAGAUUUUUUUUCUCUGGAUGA